AUGGGAUUCUUCAAGAAGCCCACGCUGCGCAAUCGCGACGACAAGCGCACGCGUGCUGCUGAGCUUACUCUACGCGAGUCCAUCUACCCACUCUGUCUCGUUACCAUACUAUUCUUCCUUUGGGGGUUUUCGUAUGGUCUCAUCGACACGCUGAACAAGCACUUUCAAGAAGUCCUCGGGAUCACACGCUCCCGCUCCUCCGGCCUACAAGCAGCCUACUUUGGCGCCUAUCCACUUGCUUCUCUGGGACACGCCAACUGGCUGCUUCGGCACUGGGGUUAUAAAGCCGUUUUUAUCUGGGGUCUCUUCCUCUACGGGCUCGGCUCCUUGAUCGCGUGGCCGUGUCUCGUGUAUCGCUCCUUUGGAGGCUUCUGCGUAGCCAUCUUCAUCAUUGGCAAUGGUCUUGGAUCGCUCGAGACUGCGGCAAAUCCGUACCUAGCCGUGUGCGGGCCGCCAAAGUACUCUGAGAUCCGGAUCAACAUCGCGCAGGCUUUCAAUGGUAUCGGCACGGUAGUCGCGCCGGUGCUGGGUUCGUACGUCUUCUUCAAGAACACGGGAACCGAUGUGAACGCGUUGAAGAACGUCCAAUGGACUUAUCUCGCCAUCGCAUGCUUUGUGUUUGCUCUCGCGGUCGUGUUCUAUUUUUCGCCGAUUCCUGAGAUCACAGACGCCGACAUGGCAUUCCAGGCUGAGAGUACGCAUGCCGGCACCGAUGUGCAGCCCUUCCGCAAGCAAUACCGGCUGUUCCACGCCACCUUUGCGCAGUUCUGCUACACUGGAGCGCAGGUGGCCAUUGCAGGAGCUUUUAUCAACUAUGUGACGGAGACUCGCGUCACAGCUAGCGGUCCUACGAGCUCUUCCACCGCGGCUCGAUUCCUUGCGGGUGCACAGGGCGCGUUCACCCUGGGUCGCUUCGCGGGUAGCGCCAUCAUGAAGUUCGUCAGACCGCGCUGGGUGUUUUUUGUCUUCAUGACGCUGUGCAUCAUCUUCAUCAUUCCGUCCAUAACGGAGCGAGGAAACACAGGCAUGAGCAUGCUGUACAUUGUGCUCUUCUUCGAAUCCAUCAUCUUCCCGACGAUUGUCGCUCUCGGCAUGCGCGGACUGGGCAAGUACUCUAAGCGUGGUUCUGGCUUAAUAGUGGCCGGUGUCUCUGGGGGCGCCAUCGUUCCUCCGCUCCUCUUUGCUGCGUCGGACUCUCAGGGCGCAGUAAACCACGAGACUGGCCAUGCGCCUACAGCCAUCGCAAUGACGGUUCCAUUGGCCUUCUUCAUCGCGGCAUGGACGUACACGUACUGUGUCAAUUUCGUGCCAGCAUACCGGGAUGUGGCAGACAAGUUCUCGACAACUGAACUCGGUAUCGUCAACGCACAUGCGAAUGACGCGGAGAAUCAGAUUGGCAGCAGUGAAGGUUCGGGUGGUGUGUUGGCCAAGGACGAGGCCCCAGCGCGCAAGGAGACGGUACAGGCGGCGGAGAAGAUGUGAUGAAUCGCCCUGGAUGCCAACAAUUGCACAGCCCAUUACUUAACUUCCACCAUAGGAGUACAGUAGGCAGGGGGUUGUUUAGCGCUAAUGCCAGGAACGAAGUCACGAUAGCUUACGAGCAAGCAUUGAGUUUGAAUGGCAAUACCCUAACGUCGAUGCAUCCUUUCCGUUCUUUCCACUAGCUAAUGCUUAUUGCUUGCACAACAUGAAUGAAGGAGCAUUAAGCGCAAGUACUACCACU